CGAGUGGUCCCCUCUAGCGGCCACAGGAAGAACGUUGGCGCAUCCCUGCUCCGGCCUUUUCCAGUUGUCGGGAUGAACUCAGGUGAUCGCUCACCUCAACCUGCCCGACAGGUGCUUGGAAGAACACGUAGCAGAAAUGUUCCUGAAACAAAUGAUAGAACUUUGCUGACAUGGACAGCUCCACUCGGAAAAAUGAACGCCGUGCCAAACACCCCAGAGGCGCCAUACAGAAAGGUUUUACUGCUGCAUAUCCAACACAAUCCUCCAUUCCUUAUAGAUUCCAAGUAAUUCCAGCAAUUCUGGAAUCAGAGAAAAAAGGAUUUAAUAGUCAAGCCAAGAGAUUUUACUAUAAAAAGGAUGAUAUCCCAGGUCCUGGGUUCUACAAUGUCACCCACCAAUCUCCAGUGUUCAACAAUGUCUCAUUGUCCAAGAAAGGAACAGGCACUUUUCCCUCAACGUCUGCCCGGUUGGGCGCCACCAUUCCUAAGUAUCCUGCAGCCAGCGCAUACACUCUCCCAUCAGAGUUCGUGUCCAAGAAAGACUUCAGUAACUCCUGUUCCAGUAUGUUCCAGCUGCCAAGCUUCAUGAAAGUGUUCAAGUAUGAAACUCCUGCACCAAACCAUUACAAUGCCUCCAUCUCUUGCUGCAGGCAGAAAAACAAUGUCUCUGCCCGAGCUGGGUUUAUGUCAAAAACGCUGAGAGGAUCUUUCACUGCUGCUGGUCCAGGACCUGCCCCGGGGCAUUACAAUGUCAAUGAGUCCCUUGUGAAGCAGUCGCCAAAGACUUUAGUGUCUUGUUUUAAAUCAAAAACUGGCCGAGGAUUAAAACUAACAUCAACAGGCCCAGGGCCUGGUCUCUACAACCCAGAUGAUCGCACCAAAGUCCUGAAAAAGAGUCAAAUUCCGAGAAACCCCAUCCUGAAUUUCUCUGCCCAGCCUCUGCCCCUGCCCCCGAAGCCACCUCUGCCAGGCCCUGGCCAGUAUGACAUCGUGGACUACUCAGGCCCCCCCAAGCAUUUCAUCUCCAGUGCAUCCUUCGUGUCCAACACUAGCCGGUGGACAGCGGUGCAGUCCCAACCAGGUCUGCCCGGCCCAGCCACCUACAAGCCUGAGUUCCCAGGGAAGCAGUCCUUCCUGUACAAUGAGGACAACAAAUGGAUCCCAGUGAUAUAG